CUUUUGUCUCACAAAAGCUAAGACCCUCUUCUCUUCUCUUCUUCUUUCUCACUUUGGUCUUAGUUUUUCUUUUCUUUCAAUUAAGCUUAUGACUUGUUUGUAAUAUAUCUCAUUUUCUUUAGUUAAAAAUUAAAAAUAAAUAAAUCAAAAACCCAUUUUCUUUUCUUUCUUCUUCUGCCCUUUUUGGCUUUUGCAUUCCCUCUUAAGAAAAAUCAUUAGGGUUUUCUUCUGAACUUGUAAUUGAGAUCAAAUCAAAUCAAUGCCGGGUUUUUUUGUGGUUUGAAGUUUGAAAGUCGAGGAAUUUUGAAAAAUGGGGUUGAGAGAAGAAAUGGGUCAAUGAGAGUUGUUGCUGUGGCUGUUUGGUUGCUGAGAAAAUGGGGUGUGUGUUUGGGAAAACGGCAAAGCCGGUCGGGGGAGGAGGUGAGAGGGAGAGAAGGAAGCAGAAGGAUGAUGAAGUUGAAGUUGAGGUUGAGGAGGUUGAAACGAGUCAUCAAGUGGUGGGAGUGAGUCAGAACGGUAGUGGGAAUCGGCAAGAGAAUGAGAGGAAAGAGGAGACAAGUGUGAGUGUGAGGCCCAAGGGUGAGAAGAGGCGUUCUUCGAGGCCGAAUCCAAGGUUGAGUAAUCUGCCUAAGCACGUUCAUGGUGAACAGGUUGCCGCCGGGUGGCCCUCUUGGCUCUCUGCCGUUGCCGGUGAAGCUAUCAAUGGCUGGACUCCUCGACGAGCUGACACUUUCGAGAAGCUCGAUAAGAUUGGGCAAGGUACUUACAGCAAUGUUUACAAAGCUAGGGAUACAUUGUCAGGAAAAGUUGUUGCUCUUAAGAAAGUUCGCUUUGAUAAUUUGGAGCCCGAGAGUGUAAAGUUCAUGGCCAGAGAGAUUCUCAUUUUGCGUCGAUUGGAUCAUCCCAAUGUGGUAAAAUUGGAAGGUUUAGUGACGUCGAGAAUGUCUUGUAGUUUGUAUCUUGUUUUUCCAUACAUGGAACAUGAUUUGGCAGGACUUGCUGCAAGUCCGGGAAUCAAGUUCACGGAGUCUCAGGUCAAAUGCUAUAUGCACCAGCUAUUAUCAGGACUUGAGCAUUGUCACAAUCGUCAUGUGUUGCAUCGUGAUAUUAAAGGGUCAAAUCUUCUUAUUGACAAUGGUGGUGUCUUAAAGAUUGCUGAUUUUGGAUUGGCUUCAUUUUUUGAUCCUAAUAACAAGCAGCCCAUGACUAGUAGGGUCGUUACUCUGUGGUAUAGACCCCCAGAGCUUCUUCUCGGUGCCACUGAUUACGGUGUAGGUGUGGACCUAUGGAGUGCUGGCUGUAUUUUGGCCGAGUUAUUGGCAGGAAAACCUAUCAUGCCUGGUCGAACAGAAGUGGAGCAGCUUCAUAAGAUAUUCAAGUUAUGUGGUUCUCCUUCAGAUGAAUAUUGGAAAAAGUCAAAGCUGCCACAUGCAACCAUAUUUAAACCCCAGCAAUCAUACAAACGGUGUAUUGCAGAGACAUACAAAGACUUUCCAGCAUCAUCGUUACCAUUAAUUGAAAGCCUUCUGGCAAUUGACCCAGCAGAACGUCAAACUGCAACCGCUGCAUUGACGAGCGAAUUUUUCACAACCAAACCUUAUGCUUGUGAUCCAUCUAGCCUUCCAAAAUAUCCUCCCAGCAAAGAGAUGGAUGCUAAACUACGGGAUGAAGAAGCUAGAAGGUUGAGAGCUGCUAGCAAGACUAAUGCAGAUGGCGUGAAGAGAUCUCGUGCACGUGACCGAGCUGUAAGGGCGAUGCCUGCUCCAGAAGCCAAUGCUGAGCUUCAAGCCAAUCUGGAUAGACGGCGUCUAAUAACACAUGCAAAUGCAAAGAGCAAAAGUGAAAAGUUUCCUCCCCCACACCAAGAUGGAACACUCGGCUAUCCAUUGGGUUCAUCGCAUCACAUUGAUCCUGUUUUUGAUCCUCCCGAUGUCCCAUUCAGCUCCACCAACUUCUCUUAUUCAAAAGCACCCAUCCAAACAUGGUCUGGUCCAUUGGUCGACCCUGCUUCAGUUGGGGCUCCAAGGAGAAAGAAACACUCAACUGGGGAUUCACAUUCACACUCCAAAUCAUCAAAAAGAGACUCAAGAAGAUAAGAACAUUGCUUGGGCCGAAGCAAAUGAUGAAAGGUAAAUAAAUUCAGUGAUUUUUUGACACUAUUCACGGGCUGCAAAUGCUGCUCGCAAGUGGUCUUAAAUCGGAUCCGGGAAAACCAGUUAAAAUAUCAUGGAGAGGUAAUAUAUCUUGUAUUUCAGUUUUCUCAUUUCUUCUUCUAUUUUUGUAUGGUGAGAAGUUUCUUUUACAUAUGUAUAUUUUUUAUUUAGUUCUCCAUCUGUGUUAAAGAACACUUUAUCUAGAUUAGUUGAAUUUUUAUCAUAUUUGUUUUGAGAACUCAUCUAAAUUCUUUUAUGGUUUAAUAUUAAUAUAUAGCCAUAUCUUCCGGGCUCAAUAAAGUACUGUUGAACUAUUCUCAUC